AUGGAUGACCUUUAUGAUGAAUUUGGAAACUAUAUUGGAGGUGCAGAGGAGUCCGAGGAGGAAGAGCACCAUGGCCGCGUCCCCACUAAUUAUGCCUAUGAUUUUGGGUCUGAGGAGGAGGAAGAAACAGCCGCUCCAGAUCAACAGUUAAUGGAGAUUGAUGAGCAAGGACCUUCAAAUGCGGUUAUUCUUCACGAGGACAAGCAGUACUACCCUACCGCGAAACAGGUGUACGGAGCCGAAGUUGAGACAUUGGUGGAAGAAGAAGAUGCGCAACCAUUGUCGCAGCCCAUUAUUGCGCCUGUUGAGCAGAAGAAAUUUACUGUUCAAGAAGCAGAUUUACCGCCGGUGUUUUAUUCACGCGAGUUUAUGACUGAUAUGUUAAACUUCCCGGAUCAAAUACGAAAUAUUGCGCUGGUUGGCCAUUUACAUCAUGGAAAAACGGCGUUUAUGGACACUCUGGUUAUGGAGACACAUGAUAUUUCCGAAAAGCUAGAUAAGAGGACGGGAAAGAAAAAAGACGAACAGCUAAGAUAUACCGACGUGCAUCUUCUUGAACGAGAGAGAGGCAUAUCGAUAAAGUCGGCGCCGAUGAGCUUGGUAUUACAAGGAACUAAAGGGAAGUCGUACUUGUUCAAUAUCCUGGACACCCCGGGGCACGUCAAUUUCGUGGAUGAAGUAGCAGCUUCGCUCCGGUUAGUUGACGGUGUAGUCUUGGUUGUUGAUGUGGUUGAAGGGGUCCAGAUAAAUACAGAGCAGCUGAUUAAAUACGCCGUUCUGGAAGAUCUUCCUCUCACGCUGGUCGUGAACAAGAUGGACCGCCUCAUCCUUGAGCUCAAAUUACAGCCUACCGAUGCUUAUUUUAAAUUGAAACAUGUAAUCGAAGAGGUCAACACUGUCAUCGAGAAAACAUUGCCUGGGCAGGGAGAGAAGAGAAGAUUAAGCCCCGAGAAAGGAAACGUUGCCUUUGCAUGUACGGCAAUGAAUUGGUGUUUUACCCUUCCGUCCUUUGCGAAAAUGUAUGCCGAUACAUACUCAAAAAUUGACGUACCGGAAUUUGCUCUUCGCCUUUGGGGCGACAUAUUUUUUAACCCGACAAGCCGAAAGUUUACAAGAAAGGGGACAGAGGAACGAUCUAAGAGGUCUUUCGUACAUUUUGUUCUGGAACCUAUUUAUAAGAUCUUUUCCCACACAAUUAGUGAGAGCCCAGAGGACUUGAAAGCUACACUGGAUACACUGGGAAUUAACUUGAAACCUUCUCAACUUAAAUCUGAUGCAAAGGUCCUCUUGAAUCUUGUGUGUGAACAGUUUUUUGGGCCUGUCUCGGGGUUUGUUGAUAUGAUUGUAGAUCAUAUCCCAUCACCACUAGAAGGGGCACCCAAAUUACUCGAAAAACACUAUACCGGCCCCCUUGAUACUAAAAUUGCAGCAGAGAUGUCAACUUGUGAUCAGAAUGGCCAGCUCGUUGUCCAUGUUACAAAGCUAUUCAGCACUAGCGAUGCUGCUAGCUUCAACGCCUUUGGGCGAAUAAUGAGCGGCACUGCCCGCCCCGGACAACAAGUCAGGGUUCUGGGCCAAGGCUAUACGAUUGAUGACGAGGAAGAUAUGGUCAUAGCCACUAUCACGGACACAUUCAUAGCCGAAACCCGAUACAGCAUCCCUACGAGCGGUGUCCCAGCUGGAAAUUGGGUGCUUCUAAGUGGUAUCGACAAUUCAAUUGUUAAAACUGCCACACUUGUUCCUAUCCGCCUUGAGAAUGACGAAGACGCAUACAUCUUUAAGCCAAUCCAACAUAUAUCCGAAUCCGUAUUUAAAGUGGCAGUUGAACCUAUCAAUCCCUCCGAACUUCCAAAAAUGCUAGAAGGUUUGCGAAAAAUAAAUAAAAGUUAUCCCCUGAUAUCUACUAAGGUAGAGGAGUCGGGUGAACACAUAGUUCUCGGGACAGGUGAACUAUAUAUGGACUGUGUACUUCACGAUCUUCGUCGCUUGUACGCCGAAAUGGAGCUAAAGGUUUCAGACCCUGUCACUAGAUUCUGUGAGACUGUUGUCGAAACCUCUGCUAUCAUGUGUUAUGCAAUGACGCCGAACAAGAAGAAUAAAAUUACCAUGGUAGCAGAGCCACUGGACGACGGAAUCGCUGAGGACAUAGAAGCUGGACAUGUUCUUAUACGCGACCCUGCGAGGAAAGUUGCUAAGUUCUUCGAGGAUAAAUAUGAUUGGGAUAAAUUAGCCGCUCGAAGUAUCUGGGCGUUUGGCCCCGAUGAUAUGGGACCUAACAUUCUUCAAGAUGACACCUUGCCAUCACAAGUUGAUAAGAAGCUCCUUGGGACUGUAAGGGACUCUAUUCGGCAGGGGUUUAGCUGGGGUACUCGUGAAGGACCUCUGUGCGAAGAGCCUAUCCGAAAUUCCAAAUUUCGCCUUACGGACGUAACACUGGCAGAUCAAGCAAUUUUUCGAGGAGGCGGCCAAAUUAUUCCCACUGCACGACGUGCCAUUUACUCCUCAUUCCUCAUGGCAUCCCCACGCCUAAUGGAGCCCAUAUACACGUGUUCGAUGAUUGGCCCGGCGGACUCCGUUGCUGCCAUAUAUACUGUACUAUCCCGUCGUCGCGGCCAUGUCCUAACUGAUGGACCUAUCGCAGGGACGCCCCUGUAUUCGGUUCGUGGGUUAAUACCUGUCAUCGACUCUUUUGGCUUCGAAUCAGACCUCAGGAUUCAUACACAGGGCCAAGCAACAGUAUCACUGGUAUUUGACAAAUGGAGCGUUGUUCCCGGCGACCCUCUUGACCGGGACGUGAAAUUGAGACCCUUAGAGAUGGCGAGUGCGAUGGCUACCGCUAGAGAUUUUGUCCUCAAAACAAGGCGGCGUAAGGGACUCGCAGAGGAUGUUACCGUUAGUAAAUUUUUAGAGCCAGAGCUGUGGAAGGGAUUAAAGGAGAGUGGAGUAUUAGGGGAAGGAUAA